ACACCGACUGCCUAUAAAGAUAAACACAGUCUCCACAAACCUCGGAAAAGGUUAAGGAGGAAAACAGCUAUCAAAGCCAGCGUAAAGGCCCCAUUAGGCAUUUAAUAUUACUCGGGCUAAAUGAGAGGCAGCAGAAACCCUACGUGAAACCGUAAAAUCUGGCAACCCAGGCAGCUGUGGCCGGCCUCCCUGCCUGCGUUGGAUGUUAGCUGUGGUCCUUCUGACUGAACCCAAACAUCACCCCCAAAUCGGGUACGCCAGGUAGUGUAUCCGAUGGGUGGAGGGGCCACGAAGCUGUACAACGCUCUGACUCAGCCCCUCAGCAGCACCAGCUCUCUUCUCCCCUUCCCUUCUUCACACCUGAACCCCCAGCUACCUGCAUUCACAAAGCUGGAUCCAGAUUUCUGCCCGGAGGGGUCCUCUCCAUGUCCCCCUGAUCCAGAGGAGCUGCUUCGUCAGUGCGAGGAGGCCCUCACGGACCGACCACCUCGCUUCGACAGGAAAUUUGUUCACAUCGGUGAUGGAGACGGCGCCCCCAGCAGUGUCAUCAGGGUGAUGCAAUGGAACAUCCUGGCUCAAGCUCUGGGCGAAGGACUCGACAAUUUUGUCAUGUGUCCUUUGGAGGCCCUCAGCUGGUCCCGCAGGAAGUACCUCAUCAUGGAGGAAGUCCUCACCUACCGCCCCCACAUCGUGUGCAUGCAGGAAGUCGACCACUACUACGACACCUUGCAGCCGGUGCUGGCAGGUUUGGGUUACAGCAGCCACUUCUGCCCCAAGCCGUGGUCUCCGUGCCUGGGCGUUGAGGGCAACAACGGCCCUGACGGCUGCGCGCUGUUCUACGACGAGUCGCGCUUCGAGCUCCUCGACAGCGUCAACAUACGACUCUCUGCCAUGAGGAUUCCAACCAAUCAGGUUGCCAUAGUGACCACGCUGCGCUGUCGGAUCACGGGUAAAUGCGUGUGCGUGGCCGUGACCCAUCUGAAGGCUCGUUCUGGCUGGGAGUGGCUCCGCAGCACUCAGGGGUCAGACCUCCUUUGGCAUCUCCAGAAUGUGGUCCAGAAGCAGCCCGGCGCCCCCGCCGCCGACAUACCUCUGCUCAUAUGCGGGGAUUUCAACGCAGUCCCAAAUGAGGAGGUGUAUCGGCGCUUCGCCACAUCGCCUUUCGGCUUGGACUCGGCUUACAAGAAACUCAGCCGGGACGGUUUGACGGAGCCGGAGUACACAACGUGGAAGAUUCGGCCCACGGGGGAGUGCUGCAGUACUCUGGACUACAUCUGGUACACCAAGGACACGCUGAGAGUGGAUGCCGUCUUGGACAUGCCCACCGAGGAGGAGAUCGGGCCAAACAGACUUCCGUCCUUUAGUUAUCCGUCCGACCACCUCUCUCUGGUUUGUGACUUCAGCUUCAAGGAGGAGGAGUGGGAAGGAAACAACAAACCGGCACACCGGAAGUGAUGACGCUGUGGAGUUGAGGUUAGCGCUUCCUCCUUCUCGCUUUAUUGUGUGACCAGGAGGUCACAUGUGAGUGAUAAAGACAGUGUGCCAAAACAUGGCCAAGACUUUAAUGGGACACAGUGUACCUCUGCAGCACGAGAUAUUCCAGCUGCAGGUGUGCUCUACCUGUCAUCAGACUGCACACACGUACUUUAAGAACUCUGUGCUUCAUGCUGCUGAUGCACUACAGGACAGACAUGGUCUGAGUAUCACACAUAUGAGGUGGAAUCAGGUUUUUCACCUCUUAGCAUCCUGCAGGCCACUCAGGGUAGAGUGUUUCCCACUCUGGAUCUGUCACCAAUGACCUGAUGGAUGUUAAGAGAUUAAAAUGAUGAGUGAAUUUUUCUAUUUGUAUUAAAAAAUAAAAAAGGGCACGACAGAGUCUGGAAAUGCAUCGGACAUCGUCUGCUGUCUUCUUUUCUGGCGACAACACAUAUCUGUGCCAAGACCUUAUGUUCAUGCACCUUUUUUUUUAUUUUUUGAAAUUUUGAUGAAUGCAGAUAAAUUAAAAACUAAUAAAGAUAAAUGGUUGCUUGACAGUAGCCGAUAGUUUUGUGACUUGAUGUUGGUUCCUUCUUAAGCUCUCCACACCACAGACAGUAGUAAAGAAGGGCGCAGCCACGGUGACGUCACACACUGACCCAGGAGCUGAGCGUCUUUGCUGUCGUCAUUUUGGCGUUUGGUAACCGAAUGUGACGAGCCUGCGUAUAGCCCUCCAUUCUGACUCACAAAAUAGACUUAAUGCUUUGUUCAGUAUUAGUACAUGGCCAUUCUGCAGUAUUGUGUGGUCUAUGAUCUUUAGCCAUAGUCACCUUCGUAUCUGAUGUAGAUGAACUACUGAACUACCUUUAGGGAACUACUGGAAACUGUGUGCCAGUUUUGGUUGCUUAGCUCAUGAUCACAUAAGAUGAACUGAAACUAGUAGCUUGUCAGCUGAGGGUGUGUUUUAAAAAAAACAACAAUCAUCUGAUUUCACAGAGCUUUAGUUCCCACAGCUGUUCGCCGAUAACGAUCGAGCAGACAGCUGUUGUGUGUCCAGAGAGGCGCACUGUUGAGGAUUGGUGAACAUCGUACGUUUUGUAUGUAAAACUUACUAUUCAGCCAUUCAUUUUAAUAUUUACCACAACUUUCCAUGUCCGUUACUUUAAAAGCCUUUUGAAAUCAGAUGAUUCUUUUUGAUCCACCCUAUAAUUUCAGAGCAGAAACGUCGCCCCCUUUUCAUGAUAUAAAAGAAAACGCUUUCCAUCUUUUAGAUCAUCAACAGGGGCUUCAGUUUUAACAUUCGGAAGUUAAGUCCAUCUUUUCUGUUGUCUGUGGUGCACAGAAAGCGUCUACCUCCACAUUACCACAUUGUUCUCAAAUGUGAUUGGUCAAUAGUGGCACUUUAUUCUACAGGUGGAUUACAAACAGAAGCCAGGCCUCUCGUCCCCUCCCUGCAAACAUCUUUUUAUAGACGUUACAGACUAAAUAAUAAUAAGCUGCUCGCACCCUCUCUCAUGCCUCUUUUGAUCUGCUUUGCCUGCAGUGAUGAGUCAGCUGUAGUUUGCAAGGUUAAAAAUUUGGCAUGUCAGGAAUGUUUUUGUCUUUGUUGUUGUCUUCCGAUACCUCCCGUGCAGACUUGGCAGGUAACACCAAAUAACUGAAAAUCCGAUGAAAUCAUUUGUAAAAUAAAUAGAAAUGGAGCCCUUUCUUCACAUUAAGGCCAAAUUCCUACUGACCCCACCUGUGUGAUGAUUGCAACCGUGUGAGAAAGUUGUUUUUUCUUAUAAUUAACUAAAACUAGAUGUGCUUUCAGUUGUUUACUUGUGAUAUGACAAUAAAGAGUUGAUUCCAAAG